AUGGAUGGGGAUCUCAGCCUAUCCCAAUCGUUAGGGGGGCUCCGCAUCGCAAACCCCGAUGAUUCUUCCUUACAUUCGUCCGAAGAUGCUGCAACAACGCCCGCUGCCAGUGCUGCAGAUGUAACGGAACCCGAGCUGGUGCGCGAACCUACCAUCGUCUCCGAACGACCGGCCAGUUCUCUAUCGACAACUCCUCCCCGACCGUCUGCUCCUGCCUCCACGACAGAUCUGCAAGACACCCUCACCUCCCCCUCAGUCGAGCCCGCAAUCAAGCCGCGAGACAACCGGAGCUCCUUCUACAAUCCCUACUCUGACCUCCCGCAGCAGACGAGUCCUCAAUACACUCCUUACGCGUCGUCCUCACAAUCACACCCUGCUCCGCAGUCCUCCCGGCCUAUGUCCGCCUUCUACGCGAACGGAUCCACAUCAACACUGGCAGCUGCUCGGGAGGGUUCCUAUCGUAUUCGUACCGAUUCCGCGGCCUCCUCCGCCUCCGAAAGUCAAGCACGUGCGGAAUCUCGCGGUGGUUCCGCGGCUUUUCAGGCCGGUGUUCCCGUCCGCGACAAUAACCACAAUGAUCGCUCAUAUCGAACCGCCCAGUUGCCGCCAACCAACGGUCCCAUGAUCAUGCGUCAAACUUCCAGGGCUCACGCGCGGGGUGGAGCGACGCCACAGAUGGGAGGCUCUCCGUAUGCUAUGGAGAAUGGCCCCGGUGCGAGCAGCGAGGACUGGCAGGAUCGUGGUGCAGCGGUCGCCGUGAGGCAGGAGAUUGACGCCAACGGCAAGCCGGUUGCGCGUUACAUUAAGAAGGGCGUCCGGGACUUUUCUUUUGCUCACACGCUGGGCGAGGGCUCUUACAGUACCGUCGUCCUGGGAACCGACCGGCAAACUUUGAAGGAAUAUGCCAUCAAGAUCCUGGAUAAGCGACACAUCAUCAAGGAGAAGAAGGUGAAAUAUGUGAACAUCGAGAAGGACACCCUCAACCGGCUUACCGAACACCCGGGCAUUGUCCGACUAUAUUACACGUUUCAGGAUGAGCGCUCGUUAUAUUUUGUGCUGGAUCUCUGCAAAGGAGGCGAGUUGCUGGGCGUGUUGAAGCGCAUGACCACCUUCGACGAGGAGUGUACACGGUUCUAUGGUGCUCAGAUUCUAGACACAAUAGACUACAUGCAUAAACGCGGUGUGAUUCACCGGGAUCUCAAGCCGGAAAACGUUCUCCUCGACAGUCAGAUGCACAUCAAAAUCACCGAUUUCGGAACAGCCAAGAUCCUCAAGAGUCAACGGAAACCUCAGAACUCCAGCGGGAUGCCCCCGCUAGACUCUACCGAAAUCCCGGAGGACGAACGAGCCAGCUCGUUCGUGGGCACAGCAGAAUAUGUAAGCCCGGAACUUCUGACAGAUAAGAAUGCCUGCAAGGCCAGCGAUCUCUGGGCCUUUGGCUGCAUCAUUUUCCAGCUUCUAGCGGGUCGGCCUCCCUUCAAAGCCGGGAACGAAUAUCAGACAUUUCAGAAGAUCGUUGCGCUCGAUUACGACUUCCCUGCCGGCUUCCCUGCCGUCGCCCGCGAUCUCGUUGAACGCCUUCUUGUUUUGGAUCCAGCCCGUCGUUUGCCCAUCGAACAUAUCAAGAACCAUGAGUUCUUCCAGGGAAUCACAUGGGGCCCGGAUUUAUGGAAGCGCAAGGCGCCUCGUCUGAAGGCGUAUGUUCCACCGCCGCGUGAGCCGAUCAAGCUGAACGGCGGUGGUGGUGAAGGCUAUGUCUCCAGCGCUAACCCGGCUGCCUCGAGCACUAAUGUCAGUUCGCGUGUGGUGCCCCGACUGGUAACCGAACUACCACCUCCCAGUCAACUGGAUAUCGAGUGGUCUCCAGUCUUGACCAAAACCAACGAGCGAAUUUUGAAACUCGGUAACCUGGUGGUUCUAUCAUCCCCAGCAGCCCACAGUCCCGUCUCGAAACAUGGGGGCGAGUACGAAGCACCCCGGAAAUUCUCCCGCUUCUUUGGCGGCAGCACCACCAAGAAGCGGCAGCGCUUGGUGAUGGUUACUUCAUCUGGGCGCAUCAUCAUGGCUGCAUCUGGAGGGGACGAGAAGAAGGCGAAACUGGAGCUUUCCCUCCUGACCCCAGGCACGUCAUAUCGAACAUCGACAGAUUCCAAGGGAUUCUCGUGCUGGGUGGUGGAUACGCGCGACAAACACUUUGUCUUUGAGGAUCCGAAGCCCUCGUCCAGCAACAUGGGCGCCACCGCCGUAUCGGCCCAGGAGUGGCUCGAUAGCCUAGACCGCGCGCGGGAAAUGGCCCUGUCUCAGCAGGGCAACGGCUCUUAUUCUGAUGACGCCUUCCGCGAUCUGUCCUCCGGACUGUCGAGCCAUGCCAAUACUCUUGACCGCAGCUCUGAGAUUCAGAACGAGAGUGCUCCCGCGGGACGAGCCACAUUGGUCAAGCACCAGAACACAGACACAGAGUCCGUCAAAGGCAAGAAGCGAUUCAGUCGCCGUCACUCCAAGAAUGGUCUGGCAGCAGUCUUCUAA